UUGUUCGUUAAAAUUUUCUUUCAGGAUGCAGAGGCGUUUCGUGCACAGCUAACUGCAGCUGAAGACUGGCUAUAUGAUGAGGGAGAAGACGCCGAAAAACCGGUUUACGAGCAGCGGCUUGCAGAACUUAAGAAACUUGGCGAUCCUAUCGCUGAACGCUACAGAGAAUUUGAGGCUAGGAAGCCAGCAUUUGAGGCGUUUGAUAGAUCGAUCAUUCGUGUACGCAAGGCUUAUGAAGACUACGUGGCCGGUGGUGAAGCACAUGCCCAUAUUGACAGUGCUGAUAUGGAAAAGGUAAUCAAUGCAAUCGAAGAAAAGAAGCGAUGGAUAGACGAUGUUCGUCACAGGCAAGAUAGGAGGGCCAAAACCGACCCUCCUAUUGUGUUUGCUAAUGAGAUCGCUCAGAAACAGCAGGUGGGAAAGCAGUUUAUUAUUUAUUUCAACUUGUCCUCCCACCAAUAUCUACCUGCGUUCGAAGCAGUUGUGAUGCCGAUUCUGAACAAGAAGAAACCAGCUCCGCCACCGCAAAAGAAGGAAUCGAAGACAGAGCCACCUCCGCCAAACGGAACUCCAGCUGGAGAUAAUGCUGCUCCGCAACAGCCACCAGCAGACAUGGAAGUUGACUAA